AUGUCAUCUGACAACUCUAAACAAGAUAAACAAAUUGAAAAAACAGCCGCUCAGAAGAUAUCGAAGUUUGGUUCGUUCGUGGCUGGUGGGUUAGCAGCUUGUAUAGCUGUUACUGUUACUAAUCCGAUCGAAUUGAUCAAGAUCAGAAUGCAACUUCAAGGUGAGAUGUCAGCUUCAGCUGCGAGAGUUUACAAAAAUCCAAUCCAAGGUAUGGCGGUAAUUUUCAAAAACGAGGGUAUAAAAGGUCUACAAAAAGGUUUAAAUGCUGCUUAUAUCUAUCAAAUUGGGCUAAAUGGUUCCAGAUUAGGGUUUUAUGAGCCAAUCAGAUCAUCAUUAAAUCAACUUUUCUUCCCGGAUCAAGAACCACAUAAGGUACAGAGUGUCGGAAUUAACGUCUUUUCUGGUGCCGCAUCUGGUAUAAUUGGUGCAGUCAUUGGUUCUCCAUUAUUCUUAGUGAAAACAAGACUUCAGUCAUAUUCCGAGUUUAUAAAGAUUGGUGAGCAAACGCACUACACCGGUGUCUGGAAUGGGUUAGUUACCAUUUUCAAAACCGAAGGUGUCAAAGGUCUGUUCAGAGGUAUUGAUGCGGCCAUUUUGAGAACAGGUGCUGGUUCCUCUGUUCAACUACCUAUUUACAACACUGCAAAGAACUUUUUAGUCAAAAAUGAUCUGAUGAAGGAUGGUCCAGCGUUGCAUUUAACUGCUAGUACUAUAUCUGGGUUAGGUGUUGCCGUAGUUAUGAACCCAUGGGAUGUCAUUUUGACAAGAAUCUAUAACCAAAAGGGUGACUUGUACAAGGGACCUAUAGAUUGUUUGGUCAAAACAGUUAAAAUUGAAGGUGUGACCGCCUUAUAUAAGGGUUUUGCAGCUCAAGUGUUCAGAAUUGCACCUCAUACAAUCAUGUGUCUGACCUUCAUGGAACAAACAAUGAAACUAGUUUAUUCAAUAGAGUCGAGAGUUUUAGGCCAUGAUUAA